GGAAAUACAUGUACAAAGAUAAAAAGUAGCAGCCGACCGGAGUUUGUACUCAGAAUUUGAAGAUAUCUUUUGCCUGUGACUAUGGCUACUGCCGAAGAAGAAAAAUUUUACAUUGAAUUAUGUAAAAAGCCUAUUCGGUUUGAACCUAUUAGCAAAGCCAACAACAUAUUCUUUGAUGAUGCCAAUAAACAGGUAUUUGCUGUUCGAUCCGGUGGAGCAAUGGGUGUUACUGUUAAAGGUCCAGAUGAAAAGACUUCGAUUUCUUUCAGAAUGGAAGAUAGAGGUGAUGUUAUAUCAGUGAAGUUUUCACCAGACAAAAGAAUAUUGGCCAUUCAGCGAUCUAGCAAAUCUGUGGAAUUUAUUAACUUUAAAAGUGACAUGACACCUGAUGCUGUUGAAUACUCCCAAACAUGUAAGGGUAAAUCCACUGAAAUGAUUGGUUUCAUAUGGACAGCUGUGAAUGAAGUUGCUUUCAUCACGAAUCAUGGACUAGAGCAGUAUCAGGUCUUUCCUGAAAAACACAGCUUGAAAAGCCAGAAGAUGAUCAGUCUUCAGAUUAACUGGUUUGUGUGGCUGUCAGAAAGUUACAUCCUACUGCUUUCGUCAGGAACCUUGGGCAAUGCACUGCAUCCAUUUCAGUUUCGGCAGAAUUUCUUGAACCGCUUACCAAAGUUUGAAGUAGAUCUUCCUGUGAUACCCAAACCUCCAAAACUCAGUCUGUUAGAACGAGAUGUCAUCAUAGCAAAUAUCUAUGGUUACCUGUAUAUUGUUGUUUUGAGACAUCAACCAAAUGCAACGGUUGGGGCUGAAAUUGUUCUCUAUCAACUGCAGAAAGACAGUCCUGCCAAAAAGACGGACAUUCUUCAGCUGGACAUGAGUGGCCGAUUUGCCAUCAAUAUUGUCGAUAACCUUGUCAUGGUGCACCACCAAGCCUCAAAGACAUCCCUGAUAUUCGAUGUCAAAAUGAGUGGAGACAUGGAAGCCGUUGUGAAGAUUCACCACUCUGUGUUACCUCCCCUGCCUAUCAAUCCAUUCAAACUGCUGCUGCCAUCCCUGAAUAUGACUGCAGGAACAGAGAAAGCAGAGUACAACUGUGAACUCUAUUCUGGAAACUGGAUUGUUUUUCAACCAGAUGUUGUCAUCGAUGCUAAACUAGGAUGUCUGUGGUAUAUUAAACUGAAUCUGGAGCCUUUGGUCACCAUGCUUUCAGAUAAGUGUAAGUUGAUACAUUUUCUUUUGUGUCGUCGUGACAGCAAGAAGGUAAUUCUGUCAGUGUGUAAACAGAUGCUCAUCCCUGGGCAACAGGUAAAGCUGCCCAUUGUGUCACAGGCCUAUGACAUGUUGAACCAAGUCUACAAGGCAUACAGAGAUGCAGAGUCACAAGUUUCGGCUGGUGAGAUUUCUCCUUCAGUGAUGCAAAAUACAUGGAAGAGAAAAGUGAUCAUUGAUCAGUCGGAUAUGUACACAAACGUCUUUUCCGUCUUUGAAGAUUGCAAGGAUAUCCGCUACAAAUUCAUGGUGGCAGUCUUAAUAGAGUACAUACGAUCAUUAAACCACUUCAGCAUUCCAGUGCAGCACUACCUGUAUGAGCUGAUCAUCAACAUAUUGGUACACAACAAUUGUUUCUACCAGCUUCACCAGUUCCUUCAGUAUCAUGUGCUCAGUGACUCCAAACCACUGGCAUGUUUGAUGCUGUCAUUGGAGAGUGUAUAUGCCCCAGCUCACCAGUUGGCUUUGGACAUGCUGAAGAGAUUGCAGACUGCUAAUGAGGAGAUCAUAGAAGUGCUUCUGUCCAAACAGCAGUUACUUCCUGCUUUAAGGUUUCUUUUUAGAUUUAUUCGAAGUGUUGGAAUUGUUGAUUCAGUGUCAGCACGGAAAUUCUUGGAAACUGCAAUGAACACAGAAGAUAAGAUGCUCUUUUACGCAGUUUUCAAGUUCUUUGAGGAAAGAAACUUCCGACUGAAAGGAAACCCAAGAUUUCAUCCAGGAGAGCAUUGUGACCAGUACGUAACUUUUAAUAUUAUAUUAUUGGUUGCAGGAGAGCAUUGUGACCAGUACGUAACUUUUAAUAUUAUGUUAUUGGUUGCAGGAGAGCAUUGUGACCAGUAUGUAACUUUUAAUAUUAUGUUAUUGGUUGCAGGAGAGCAUUGUGACCAGUACGUAACUUUUAAUAUUAUGUUAUUGGUUGCAGGAGAGCAUUGUGACCAGUACGUGAAACACUUUGAGUCCCUGUAUGGAACAGAAGCCCUCGCUCUUGUUCCGGUCCACAGCUGAGGUGUGCCGAGAAAAUGAGAUAUGGUAGUCAGUGUUCGAAAUAAGCAAUUGUCUGUUUGUCCUGACAAAUGAAAAUCUGCUCAAAUAAAAUGUACCUUGGUGGUUGUCCAGUGGACAAGUAAGAUUGUGCAUUGAAGUUUCAUUUUAAGCAUUGAAAAACAUUGUCCUUGUACUUGAAUGAAACAAACUAUUUAUUUGGACAAAUGAAAAUAUUGUCUAGACAAAUCGAUUUUUAGAUGUAUUUGUCUAGUGGACUAGUGAAAAAUUCUGCUUAUUUCUAUCACUGAGUAAUGCAAUAUCAACAAAUCAGACUGUUAUAUAGUUCAUGCCAUGUUAUUCAUUACUGUUAAUGUUUGGGGAAUUUUACAGUACAUUUUAAUACCAUGAUAAACUGCAGGUUUCCCAUAUUUUUCAGUAUAAUUUAUUAGAUGAUUUAUUGUAUAUCAGCAAAAUGUAGCUGUCUUAUGAGUGUAUUGGAAGUUUUUCUCAUUGGUCUAUUAUUUCAGGUCAGGGUUGACUGCAAACAAUUUCGCUUUUUGUGUACAAAAUUGGUAUAAAUGAAGCAAUUUGACUAGAUGUAUAAUAAAUAUGAAAUAUUUGGUUUGCUGUAAUCCAGAGUAAUGUUAUUUUAACAAUAUUUAGUAUGGUGUUGUUUGAAAUAUAAAAUCAUAGCCUGAUGUUAGAUUUUUCUUUCUUUUUUAACAAAAUUACCAAGUUACUUGAUACUGUUAUAUACAGUGGACUCUGUUUAAACAGGAUUCUGUGUAAUCUGGAUCUCUGCGUAAACCGGUCCAUUUCUAAAGCCCCGUCCAGCUACCAUUUAUCUCUUAGGUAUAAAUCUCUACCUAAUCCGUAUUCUGUCUACUACGGACUUCGGAUCAAAAAUCAAGAACGAAAGAACCGUUCAUGAUUGGGAUUUGACUCAACAACGGGCUGCUUAAUUAGUUGAACAAUGAUCGUCAGUUGCUAAGUAAUCAGGAUGCCGUCGCAAGAUCACAUACAAAAUGUAAUCACACUCGUGUGAAGUUUACUCUUAUUGCGGUAGGCCGUUAGAUCAAUCAGAUUAAUAUUAGUGUGUGUGUUCAUACCUAACUGAUUUCACUCUUAUGAAAUCGGCGAGUUAUACUUGUCAACCUAAUGCAUGUAUAAAUAGGUGUGAGUCGCUCGUAUAUUUUGUGUGGUCUUAUUUCAUUUAUAAUGGCGGAGCAGCCCAAAAAAUGGCAACAUAUCGAACUUUCAUUAGAAACUAAAGUCAAAUUAAUACAAGAGUUUGAUUCAAAUCCACAGUCAAAACAGAAGGAUUUAGCACAAAAAUUUAAAAUUGGAAAACAGACAACCAUCCAUGGGUUCAAAUGUCAUUGUUGAUCGCGAGUUGUCGAUCAUUCAAGUACCAUAACUCUGAAUGAACUGUCUAAACCGGUCCUCUAUGUAAACCGGAUUAUUUUGAUGGUAUGAAGUGAGUCCGUUUUAGACAAGAGUCCAUUGUAUAUUAAAAAGGAAGAAGAAAAUAUGGUUGAAAAAAAAGACAUUAGUGCAAUUUUAAUACUUGUUUGGGCUGGAAAUCAAUCUGAGAACUCUUUUAUUUCCAGACAUUUUCACCACAUUAUUCUAUUCUUCUGUACCUCCACUCCUCCUAUGACAUAGUUGAAUUGUCACUACAUUUGAGCAAAAUAUCCAAAUAGAUAAACUCUCCAUACCAAAUUGUUUUCUAGAGACUGGUAAAAAAACAAACCCAAAUCCAAACAGUGACACAUUCAGACCUCUUCCAAUAGUGACCAGGACGGGUGUGAAUAAAUGAUGAUGUUAUUGUCAAUUACCAUAUCAUCCUACUAAUUAAUGGGACCAACAUCCCUAUCCAUAUCAAAACUGUGUGAUACACCCUUGAAUUUAUCACUGUAACUUUAAAUUUCCUGAUUUCACCUUUUAGCAUGUCUGUUACUGAAUUGUGUUGUUCCGACCCCAUGGUCAAAUCUCCCUCAUUUACCUGUUGUGUUAAGAUCUGUAACAUUAUAUUAACCUGCAUGACGAAGGUUAUUAUAGGCUCCCGAAUUGAUCAAACAAGACAAUGAUCAGUGCCAGAAAAAGCACUCAUUUACCUGUUGUGCUAAGAUCUGUAACAUGUUAACCUGCAUGAUGCAGGUUAUUAUAGGCAGUGUUCGAAAUAAACACUUAUCUGUUUGUCCUAACAAAUGAAAAUCUACUCGGACAAGCAAAAUGUACAUUGGUGGUUAUCUGGUGGACAAAUAAAAAUGUUCAGUGCUGUUUCAUUUUGAGCCAUCAAGAAUAUUGUCCUUGCACUCGAAUAAAACAAAUUGUUUAUUUGGACAAAUAAAAUUAUAGAUGGACGAGUAGAUUUCUAAAUGUAUUUGUCCGGUGGACUUGUGAAAUGUUCUGCUUAUUUCCAUCACUGAUAGGCUCCUGAAUUGAUAAAAGAAGACAAUGAUCACAAAUGUAAAAUGCUUGGUGUGUUCAAUACAAACUCUACAAAACUAGUGUCUCAUGAGAAUUUUCCAAAUUCCUACUACAAAUGGAUAUAUCAUUUAGAUGAUCAUGGUCGUCUUGACCUGUGUUUUUCUCUUCCUUUUCUUCCUCCAUGACCUUGUCAUUGCCCUUGCUCUCCUCUCACUGUGCUCGUCUACUCUGACAGGUUAGUUUACAUCAAACUUUGCCUUCAUUCCUUUGUCUACUAUGGACUGUCAAGGUUGUGAAUAGUGUGGGUGUUCAUCUUCAGCUCGUUUUUUUUUUAAAUAUUAAAAACUUUUUUAUUCAUAGAUGCCCUGUUACAAGUAACUGCCCUAAUCCAGAGAAAAAGGGACAAGUGGUCUACUUGAACCAGGAAUGAUGUGUUUUUGUUUCUAUUCUAAACUAAUAACAAUUUCAUCUUCACUUUUAUGUCUUGGCUCUUCACAUUUUAUGCACUCCUUAAAUUGUUCUUUAUAUCUCACCUUCACUUCACCAUGACCAUCUGUUCUCGGUGUCUGAACACAGUUUUUUCACACUAAAGAGUGACUUCAGGUGGUUAUCAGGGCUGCAGAAAUUAAAAAUUUGUGUAACCCAUUAAUGGGUAUGGGUUACACAAAUUAUUUUCUUCUCAUAAACCUUUUCCAAAAUAUUAUAAAUUGAAUUUUGUCCAAAAGACUUAACACGUAGAGUGCUGCAGACAUGUAUACACAUUCUAGGUCAAGUAUUAUGUCGUCAUAGGGAACCGUUGUCAUAGUGUCGCUAUGGUUUGACUGUUUUAAUUUUUUGACAUAUGAAAACGUUAAUGGAUAAUAGAUGCAUACAAUCCUCAAAGAUAUAGAAAACUGGCAGCUGAGAAUCGGUGUUUAUUUCUAAUUUAAAAAAUAUAUAUAUCAAAAA